CCCUAGUUAAAAGGGUUUUUUUGGAAUUGUUUAAAUAUGACAUAGGAAUUGGUGUUUGUGAAUAACUGAUGCCAUAGCCUUUGCGCUUUUGGGGAUCUAAUUUGAUGUCGUCUGCCCUCCCUCUCUAUUCUUCGAUCUCCGUCGCUAUCUCUGCUCUGAUCUCCGUCUCAAAGUCGAUCACUGCCAGAGCCAAUCUACAUUGUCGUCUCUACUCUUCGUCUCAAAGUCCUCUUUAUGCCCACGAACACCUGAUUCACCACCGCCUUCUCCGCCCUCUCCACCAUCUCCCGGUACUCCACAACCAUCUUCUCCGGGUACCCUGUCUAAAUGGGCCAUCGUGUCCCAGAGCUUUUUCCUCUCUACAAGGUUUUUUCCUAACGUCCAGCUUUGUUUGGUACUCCACCACCAUCGACGUCCAGCUGGUGCAGUCAGACAAACUGCAGCGACCUCUCUACGAGUCCAGCAUAAAUGAUACUUCAUCUAUUGAAGAAGAACCGACUCCCACAAAACCUGGUUAGAUUUUCUUAGAAAACGUAUUUUCUAAGAUCUUUACUUCAUAUAUUGAAGAAGAACUCACUUCUAGUAAACAUUGUUUUUUUGG